AUGAACUCCGCAUCCUGUUCAAUAAAUAACAAUCCAUUAGCUCAGUUUAAUAAAUAUACGCAUGAAAAUAAUUCAUAUCUACAACAAGGUAGUAUAUCUAAUAAGGUUGCACAGUCACCUUCAUCAUCUUCUUUACAUUCAUUAGACCAUUUUAAGACUAAUACUAAUGCCAUUUCAGAGAAUAGUAAAUCAUAUAUGAACCAAUUCAUGCAAGGGGCUUCCUCAAAUCUUAAUUCCUUACCAUCACCAUCUUCCACCACAUCUUUACAAAUGGGAAAUAUAAACACCAGACCAGCUUUAAUGGAACACAUAUCACAUACACAACACUCUUUCUCUAGUAAUCAUUUUCUAAUGCCUCCAAAUUUACAUGAUUCUAAUCGAAUGAAUUCCAUAUCUUCGUCUUCUAGUCUAAACACGUUAGGUAACGAUUGGUCUCAUGAAUUUCAAAAUAAUCAUCAAUCAAAUGCUGCCUUUGCUAAUCAUACCAAACCUAGUAAUAUAGCUAUGAACCCUAAAUAUGCACAUCAACAACCCCCAACAAGAACAAUAACUCCAAUUCAUUAUCAUCAACCAUUAAGAAAAAUAUCUUCUAAUUAUAGUAUUCAUGGCAAUAGUAUUUCUAAUUUCACAAGACCUCUAAAUAGAGAACCAAGUUACAAUAGUAUCAAUAAUCAAAAGAUGAAAUCAACGCCUGAUUGGGAUCAACAAUUUGAUACCCUCGAGAAAGCAGUUAGUAAAUCCUUAAACAUUAAAGAUAAUGAGAUUAAAGAAGAAAUUGAAAUAUUAGAUUCUCCUGAACAAAUUAAUAAAUCUUUAAAAGACCAUGAUAUUAUAAUCGAUAACGAUUACCAAGCAGAGUUUCAGCAAGUGUGGGAUUCUAUCCACCAAGAUUCUGAAGAUAUAAUGCCAAACUAUUUAAAUGGUGACAAAGUUUUUAGUCAAAGAGGCGAGCUAGCCGGCAUUAAAUAUGAUUUUGAAAAUACGAACAAUGAAUAUUUACACAAUCCUAAUGCAUAUGAGAUUGGUUGCAUUUUAAUGGAAAAUGGUGCCAAAUUAAGUGAAGCGGCAAUGGCUUUCGAGGCUGCAGUUCAAGAUAAUCCAAACCAUGUAGAUGCAUGGCUAAAGUUAGGGUUAGUACAAAUUCAAAAUGAAAAGGAGAUCAAUGGUAUCAGUGCAUUAGAGAGUUGUUUAAGAUUAGAUCCUAAGAAUUUAGAGGCAAUGAAAAAUUUAGCGAUUAGCUAUAUUAACGAAGGUUAUGAUUCAAGCUCAUUCACCAUUUUAACUCAGUGGAUUGAGACAAAAUAUCCAAAUAUUGAUACAAGUGUUCCAAAAUUACGACAUUUAUCCGAAAAUGAAAUUGAGGAUCCUUUAUCACUUAAUGCCAAGAUAACAAAAAGAUUUUUAAAAUUGGCUAACCAAUUACCACAAGUAGAUCCAGAUGUACAAUUGUGUCUUGGUUUAUUAUUUUAUGCAAAUGAUGAUUACGACAAGACAAUCGAGUGUUUUAAAACUGCAUUAAAAGUGAAUCCUAAUGAUGAAUUAAUGUGGAACAGAUUAGGGGCUGCUUUAGCUAAUUCAAAUAGAUCUGAAGAAUCUAUUAAAGCUUACCAUAGGGCACUUCAGUUGAAGCCAUCUUUUGUUAGGGCAAGAUACAAUUUGGCUGUAUCAUCAAUGAACAUUGGAUGUUUUAAAGAAGCCGUAGAACAUCUUUUAACUGCAUUAAAGAUGCAUGAAGUCGAGGGAAUGAAACAAGAUGGUAAGAAUAAAAAAUCUUAUACUGAAAAUUACAACCAUGACAAUAUUAUUGAGACUUUGAGAAGAGCCUUUAUUGCAAUGAAAAGAAAUGAUCUUUUGGGUAGAGUGGCACCUGGUAUGGAUCUAGAUCAAUUCCGUAAUGAAUUUGAUUUUUAA